AUGAGGCAAGUUGAUAGACACCAGAAGUAUCUUGGUAUUCCAGCUCUUUGUGGGAGAUCUAAGAAAGUGCUUUUUCGGGAACUCUUAUAUAGAAUGUGGAAGAAGUUAAGGGGUUGGAAAGAAAAGUUAUUGUCGCGAGCCGGGAAAGAAGUUCUUAUCAAGACUGUUAUCCAAGCAUUGCCUACGUACCUAAUGGGAGUUUAUAAGCUUCCUGCUGCUGUCAUAAAAGAAAUCCAUUCAGCUAUGGCGCGAUUCUGGUGGGGAGGAAAAGGGGAUGAGCGGAAAAUGCAUUGGCUAAGUUGGGAGAAAAUGUGCAAGCCCAAGUGUAUGGGGGGUAUGGGAUUUAAGGACCUUGCGGUCUUUAAUGAUGCUUUAUUGGGGGAUGAAGAAGGUAGAUUCAUCAAGAGUGCUCGAGUGGAGGGACUAGAAGUGGUGGGAGAUUUAAUGGAUGUUGGAAGGAAGGAGUGGAACGUGGAUAUAAUCGAGAGCCAUUUCAAUGAACGUGAUCAACAUUGUAUAAUGGCCAUUCCUUUAAGCACUAGAUGUCUACAUGACGAGUUAACUUGGGCGUACUCUAAGGACGACACUUAUUCGGUGAAAACUGCUUAUAUGUUGGGAAAAGGGGGGAACCUGGAGGAUUUUCAUAGAGUGUGGAAUAUAUUAUGGAGCUUAAAUGUGUCGCCUAAGGUAUGUCAUUUCAUGUGGCGCGCUUGCACAAGUUCACUCCCAGUAAGGAAAGUGCUUCAGAGAUGCCACCUCAUUGACGAUGCAGGGUGCCCCUGUUGUGCCAGAGAGGAUAAGACUCAAUCACAUUUAUUCUAUCGCUGCCAGAUGUCAAUCAAAUUGUGGGAAGAGCUGGGCAGUUACAUAUUAUUGCCAGGGGUGGAAGAUGAAGCCAUGUGUGAUACCCUAGUCAGAUGGAGUCAGAUGGAUGCAAAUGUGGUUCAAAAGGGUUGUUAUAUCCUAUAG